AUGGAUGGAAAUGGAUGGGGUGAAGAGAGUUAUGAUGCUGGAAUUGCUGGUGGUUGGGGUGAAGCAUCAUUUGUGGAAGCUGAUGAAUACAAAGAAUGCCAACACACCACGAAAGUACCAUUUCCAGCUACGAUCAAAGAUCUUAGUCAGUUAGCAAGCAAUGAAGAGAAAAUAACAACCGGUAAAUAUACCUUCAGUACGAUUCGAGUUGUUGGCCAUGUGAAGGAAUCGCUACAAACAGAUGGAGGACAAUCUGUCGAGUAUACAUUAUCUGAUUAUCAUGAUACAUAUGCCACAUUUCUCGUCAUUCACUACAAAGGCGUGCUUGCAAGUGCUGCAGCAAAUUCAGAUGCAGUAGUAGAGGGAACGGAUAUUUCUGUUGUGGGAAAAUUGCGGAGUUUUAGUGAACGACUUUGUAUUGUUGCUUUUGAUGUUCGAGAGAUAGAGGAUAAGAGAGAGAUUGAUGCUUUUCAUUUAGAAGCUCGACUUGCUCGCCUUUUCUAUGCGAAAGAUGUGCUGGAUAUAGCAUUAUCAGAAAAAUGGAUAGCUUUAUCCGCAGAUACAAUGUUACGUGUAAAUGAAACAGAUGGAGGACAAACUAAAACGACCAGCGAUUGGAAGAGCAAUAUAAAAUCUAAUUUGAAAUCAAGCAGUUUAAUGCAACAAAGUUCAUCACGAUCAAUUCCUGAUAGUGGUUGUCGUGGAUUAACUGGUCAGAAAGCUGAGAUAUUUAAAUAUUUGCGUAGUAAUGGCGAUCCAGUUAUUGGAGCUAGUAUUGAUGAUAUACGUACUGGCAUCCCAAAAAAUCACUUUAAUUCAUCCAAAUUUGCCGAGGAUAUUGAAUAUUUAGCUUCUGAAGGCCUGAUUUAUGCUACUUCAGACGAUGAUCAUUAUGCCGCCAAUGCAUAA